CUAUAAAAUGCUUAGGAUGCUUUGAUUCAGAGCUUGAAGUACAUGAUAGUAUCUCAGGACAAUCUCCUAUAUUUGAAGCUCUUCGCUCCAAAAAAAUGCUCAAAUUGUUGAUUGAUGCUGGAGCAGACGUGAAUUUCAAAGAUGACCAUGGUUGCUCACCACUUCAAGAAGCCCUUAGUUCUGGAAGUUUUAAGGGCCUGAACAUGCUGUUGGAUGUUGGUGCUGAUCCCAGUAGUGUGGAUGACUGUGGAGUGUCACUGCUCCACAUGUUGACUUCUAGGCCUGUGGACCAUAAGGAAUUUUCAAAGAUUACAGAGAGGCUCAUACAAAGUGGAAUGAGAGUGAAUGUUGCAGAUCAUAAUGGCAGAACACCAAUACAUUAUGCAGCUAAAGAAGGAAAUUGGAAGUGCCUAAAAAUGCUCAUUGAUGCUGGAGGCGAUGUUUGUUCUGUGGAUGUGAAUGGUGCAACUCCACUUCUUAUGAUGGCCAAUCGUUGCUAUACACAGACUGCACAAACACUGAUUGAUGCUGGAGCUAACAUAACUGCAAGUGAUAUAAAUGGCCAGAAAAUCAUACAUAGGGCAUCUCAGAUUGGGAACACCACAGCCAUUGAUUAUCUCAUGGAAAUUUGGCCCUCAGUAUGGGGCUGUGACAACCAUGGAAACACUGUUCUACACUUUGGCAUAAAAAGUAGUAACAAUAGGCUGAGGAUUAUAGAGCAUAUCCUGUCAAUGAAGCUGGCAUCUGUAGACGAGAGAAAUGCAGAAGGACAGACAGCUCUUGCAAUGCUUGUGGAGCAAGGUUUAAAUUGGAAAUCUGUACAGCAUGAAGUAGAGAUGUUGCUGGCAGAAGGAGCAAAUCCCACUGUCAAGGACAACAAAGGGAAAACUCCUUUACACAUCGCAUCCUGUGUUGGUGAUGUAAAGGUAAUGGAAGUCUUGAUUGUAGCUGGAGCAGACAUUGAAUCAAAGGAUGCCAUGGGUAGAACACCACUGCACUGGGCAGCCGAGGCACACAAUGUAGAUGGUCUGGAGUUGCUAUUGCACAAGGCAGUGAACACUGAUGAACAGGACAACAGCGGCCAGACAGCACUGAUGCUGGCUGUCGGCAGUGGUGAUGCGGUCAAUUUACUGCUCAGGAAUGGAGCAAGUGUUAGUAUGAGAGAUAACUCGGGGAGGACAGCGCUGCAGGAAGCCACAGACCAUGGCAGCCAUGAUGCAGUGAAAUCCCUAUGGAAGGCAGGAAGCAGCUUCAUGGACAUUCCACAGGAAUCUUGCAUCAGGGCAGUGCAUUUAGCUAUGACAGCAGGAGAUGUGGAGAUGUUGGACUACUUGAUUUCUUUGGGAAAGUCCCUGUCUGACUGCUGGUGGGAUCCUGAGCACAAUACUACACUGCUGCACUGCGCAGUACAGUCGACUGUGCAAAUGGUUAAGAAACUAAUAGACAGUGGUCACACUGAAAAUGCAUAUGACCACAAAGGACGUUUACCAUUGCACCUUGCAGUUACAUCACAAAAUUACAUAGUAACAAAGUACUUGGUGGAGGAAGCACAUGUGCCGGUGAAUGACAGGGAUGCUGAUGGCAGAACAGCCUUAAUGUUAGCAGUCAGCAGUGACUGGUAUUAUACUGAUGUAUAUGACAUGCUUGAAAUUCUGGUGAAUGCAGGAGCAGAUAUCAGUGCUCAAGACAAAGAUGGUAAGACUGUCUACCAGUUGGCUCAUAGGCCUUGGUUUGAAACAACUCAUGAUUUACUAGAUUAUAUGCAGUAUCGACUUUGAUUGUAUAUGGGUAAGAGGCAAAUGUUGCAGUCAGGUCUAAUUUACAGUGUUUUUAAACACUUCAGGCUGGAAUAUUAAGAAUGUUAGGAAAAGGGAUAGAUUGCUACCCAGUGUAAACAUGGCCCACUGAGUUGCAGACGGGCACAACGAAAAGACCAUUACACAUUAUAGCUUUUGGCCACAGAGUAUUCAUGUUCUUUAUAUCAGAUUCAUGUAUCAUUGGAAUGAAUAACUAAACAUUUUGUAAGAUAUUCCCAUUGUGUCAUGUUUAUGUAUGAAUAAAAUUAAUUUCUAGAAAAAAUUAAAAUAUGAAUAUGUGUCAGUGUUUAACAUACACCAAUUUAUUAACCAGGGCAUCUGUAUAUUGUGACACUAAGCAAGAUUGUGCACAGCAAUCCAUUAUAUUACAUAAUAUUUGAAAUUUCCUUCUCAUUUCUUUUCAAACCAAGCAGCGAUAAAUGUAUAGCUUACAAUAUGGGGCACGAAAACAGUUUGGAUAUUGCUGAAGAUGCAGUAAAACACCAUUCCAAUGCAGUACAUUGUAUUCUGAAACAAUGGGUGAGAUUGCUAAGAAAGUAGCAAGAAAGGUUUAAUAUAGUUUAGAGCAGAAGUUGUCAAACUUUUAUUUUUAAUGGCCAAUAUGCAGAUUGUCGAGCAACACAUCAAGCUGCAUCUGUACCAAUCUUAUUACUAAUUGGUAACCUAUAUAAAUUAGUAUGUUAUGAGCCCUGAAAGACUGUCUAUAAUAAGGACGCAGUAAUUUGGCUGCUGUCCCCCAAGUACUAAUCUUUAGAAGAGAGCACAGUUCAGAAUACUUUGUGUGAAUUGUUCUGUGCGUUGCUGCCAUCCUCAGUGAUCCCAAAGUUGUGACACUGUAAGUGCAUGAAAAAGUGUUUUGUUAUCUGUGUGAGGCAACAAUUAAUUGAUUACUAACAACAGUUGUACUU